AGACUUUUUAUAUCCACUGUGCACAUGAGUCCGGCAGACAUAAUAAACCCGUGUUCCACUUGUGUGUUGCGCCGUUAUGUAAUCUGCUAAUCUAUGGAAAGUGAUGUCCUCGUCUUUUCCUUAAGCGUAACCUUAAUCCUGUGCACAAGUAGACGCUGAGUCUCAGCCCUUUUUUGUUUUAGUAUCAACUGAUUGAAUUGUUGUAUUAAGUAAAACUUCUCCAUUGCUGUUAUCAAGCUUCCUGGUUGGGGUUACAAAUGGUGGGUGUUAUUACUGGUAAACAAGCUCUGUGAUAAUGCAGCUUAGUGAGGUUUAGCCCACGUGACCACGCCUGUGUCAGUCAUUCACUCCACACACACACACACACACACGCACACACGCACGCACGCACGCACGCCCAUUCAUCUUCAUCCCACCUGAGGCCAAACACCUGACAGAGGUGCUCUUUCGGAGACAAUGAACACUCUGGAAGAUGUCCCGUUUGGAACACCUUUGGGGUUACUGGCGCAGGAUGUGGACUUAAUGACGCCUCCAGACAUCUCUGUGCCUGACUGUCCUCGAAUAAUGCAGGAAACUCAGUACGGCUUCAAUCUGGAGAAGCUAAUAUUAACGGGCCAGCAGCCUGUUUCCCAGGCUCCAUCCUGUCCCCCCUACUGGCUGAUGUUCAGCAGCCCUCAUGAGUGCUACAGGGACACUCACAGGACCAGCGACCCUUGGGGCUCCAAACCUCGGCGCCGCAGUCACAGCCUGAACUCCGCGGACGUCCGCUGGCCGCACCGUCGCACACUCGGCUUCCGCAGAUCCGACUCGGACGAAGAAGACGGCUAUUGUGAGGACAACGAAGGCUCGUCCCCUGAAGAUGGUCCUCAGGAGCCCACCAAGGGUCGAGAGCGCCCCCGCAGCGCCGCCCUCUCCAGGGUCAAAGACAUGCACCGAGGUCUUCCCGCCAUGUGCCGCGGGCCAGAGUUGUCACCGAAGAGCCCGAAGAACCACAGAGGCGCCUUGACACCUCCUGAGUGCGGCCCCUUCUCUCCGGGACAAAAGGCCACCAAGAAGAAGCAGCGUGCACAGAGCGCUGUGGGCAGAUUACAUCCCCAAAACAAUCCCACAGCUGGGCCCCCUCCAGGAAGGGUGCAGCAGCAACGACCCUCCUCAGCAGGCCCUGUCAUCAAAAACCGCAAGCAAAAGGCUUUCAGGACUGGAGGCUUUCUUGACUCAGCAACAGAACUGCUGUCUGCUCUCAGCCAAGAAGAGAGGGAGCUGCUGGAGGCCGUCACUGACAAAGGAUACCCUUUACGUACUGCUAUCUUGGCUCUGCAGAAGACUGGAUACAACAGCCCAGACAAACUCUCAAAAUACCUGGCAGCCUGCAAUCAUCUGUGCGAGUUGGGCUACGAUGAAGCUCAAGUAGAGGAGGCCUUGGAGAUGUUUCAGAACUGUGAGAGCAAGGCUGCAGAGUUUCUGCGCCUCCUGACUCAGUUCAACGAGAUGGGCUUCCAGCAAAGUGCAAUCAAAGAAGUGCUGCUUGUUCAUGAAAAUCAUCGUGAAAGGGCUCUUGAAGAACUAAUGACCCGCAUGAACUAAACAGAAUAGGUAGAGCACAGGUGUCAGACUCAAGGUCCAGGUGUGGUCUACUGAAGCAAUUCAUGUCUACUUUGUCUCUUACAAAGUCUCUACCAAAACUGCAAAUUGUCAUGUUUAAUCAAAUGUUUCAAUUGCACUUUUUUUAGUUAACAAAAUGUAACAGUUGAACAAACUACAGCCAACGUUUUUUAUGACUUUUGAUUUCAAAACUAAUUGUCAAUUUGGUGUGUAUUUCUAAUAUGAGACGAUUUAUACUUAGAUUGCAUAUGACAAAUGAGUUUGACACCCCAAAGAAAAGAAUAUUCCAUCUCGAGAUAACCAGGUCUGUAACCUUUUAUGCUAUUUAUAUAUUUUAAAAAAUAAAAUAAAAACAUUUGGGAAAAAAAAAAAGACAGGAAAGUUUUGUUCGAACGUUUAUUACGUUUCUGAAGGCUAAAAGUCGCUGUAAUUCCAGCUGGGAGAAAAAAAAAAAAAUUGUUGCUAAAGCACUAAAAAUGUGAAGUGAUAGAUAUAGCAAAGAUUUCAUGAAUAAUAUUGAAAAAAAGGCAAGUAAAAGGUCAACAUAUGCACAAACAUUUACUUUCCACAAAAAUACAGGGAAGACCACCACAGUAGUGACAAUAAAAUAAGCCUGAGUAAAAAGGGAUCAUCAAAAUGUUCACACAUUUGUAAACUAUUUACAUUUUUUGGCAAAGGUUUACAUUAGAAAAGCUUCCCUCUUGCCACACAAACAGCAGAGCUCGAAGCCUUUGGUCACUGUUGACUGACAGUGGAGUUGAGCAGUCUAGAAUUCACAUUCGAUUGAGAAGCCUUCGACAGGUCCCUCUGUGAAAGAAGAAAGUUCAUUCAGUGAGCUGUAGAGAGAAUGGCUUAACACAUCAAUCGUUCGUUUGCAUUACAACAUGACAUCCCAUUCAGAAUAAUUUGGUGGAAAUUGAGGUUUUUUUUAGUACAAUGUAAGCAGUUAUAUACUGUAUUUAAUGCACAUCUUUUUAGGUGUCAGAACUUGAAG